AUGGUGAGAUUGAAGAUAACCAAGACCAAUGAGGAAUUGGUUAACAAGUUAGCAAAUGUUUUACCGGGUGAUGGGUGGAGAACGUAUUUGUCAGAUUUGAGAAAGAUGUACUUAGACGUGAAUUUGAGUUUGUUUAUCGAAAAGAUUAAAGAGCGAGAACUUGAACUCCAAAAGAUUAAUAAUGCAGAAACUGAUGAAGCAAAAGUCAAAUCUGAGGAAAUUGUUCGAGAAAAAGAGGAACAGGUUAAAGAAAUUUCAGCUAUCAAGGUGGAGACGAAAGCUGAAGCUGUAAAUAUGACCGAGAAGUGCUCAAACUUUGUUGAAGUUGAGAUUGUGAAUGAAAUCAAAGAAGUGAAAGUAGAGAAUGUGAAAGUAGAAGAAAAAGUUGCUGAAAAGGUUGUUGUGAAUGUAGAAGUUGAAAAAGUUGUUACUGAAGAACAGCUGGUUGUAGAAGAUGAGAAGAAAACUAAGAGUUUAACUGAGGAAAAGAAUGAAAAUUUGGAAGCCGGUGAUGCUGGUGAUGAAGUUGGUGUUGAAGAAAAACAAAAUGAUGCUGAUCUGAAGCAGACAGAGGCAGCUGAAAACACCGAAGUGAUUCAAGGUAAUUCAGAAGAUCAAACCAUGGCAGAGGAAUUUUAUAACACGUUUUUCAACGCGUUCACAUCUGAAUCAUCCGAAGUUACAACUGUUACACCAAAAACAAUUACGAAGGCAAUCAAUGAGAACAUCAAGCAUGAUAACUUUUACGGAACGCAUUCUAAACCACCAACGCUUGAAAGCAUUGAAGACUAUACUUGGUGGAAAGAAAGAUUCAUCAAUUGGGCAAAAGCGUAUGCGCAUGAAAGUUGGUUUUGUCUAGAAUACGGAUAUGAAAAGCCAAAAGAUGAUAAAGGUGAAGAUUUACAGUUCAAAAAAUUCUCCAGAGACGACAGAGCAGAAUUUGCCGCCGAACAAAGGAUGAUCGCAUUGAUACAGUCAGCAAUUAGAAACGAUAUAUUUGCAUUAUUAAAUCAUAGUGGGACAUCCAAAUCGAUUGAGAGUCAUGAUCUAGAGCUCCAGAAGCAAAGCAAGAUGACAGAGUCUUCACGACAACAGAAUGUCGGAUUGUAUUACAAAAGUAGUGUACUUUCAGAGAAAGGCGUUGGUUCACCAAAAACAGCAUUCGUUGAAGAAGAUCGAAAUGAUAUUGUUCGCAAAACAGCUCAUGGGAAAGCUACGACAGCACCAAGAAAGUUUGCGAAUGUUGCUGAAAUUAAAGAAGAAAAAGAACCUGCUAAAAACCAUGAAGAAAAGAUUGAGAACAAAGAGAAAACUCGAAAAGAGAUCUUGAGUGAGAAAACACAUAAAGAAAGAGAUGUGGUUUACAGAAGAAUGGAUGAGAUGCAGGAAGAAUAUGAGAAUGCUGUCAGCAACAAACGAUGGGACAAGAAGAGAGAGUGUUAUUACAACAGAGAAGGAGAACCAGUUGCUGAAGAAGUCGAAACAGAAGCUGUAAAAGUUGAAGCUGUGAAAGAAGUUGAAGAACAGCAAAUUGAAGAAGAAGAAAUGAAGGAUGUCAAGUCAGAUGCUGGUGAUGCUGGAGAAGAAGUCAGUGUUGAACAAAAGCUGAAUGAUGCUGAGAUGAAGCAGCCAGAGGAAGCUGAAAACACCGAAGUGUUUCUGAAGAAAACUGAAUGUCAACCAAAGGAGAAUCGAAACAGCCUGGCACCGGAGGCUGCUGAUCCCUGCAACGGUUAA